CAGGUCCUCCAAACAGACUGCGCAGGGGCCGAGCCCCGCUUUGCGGAGUGGGGAGCCGUGGCAGCGGCGAAGGGUCCCCGGGAUCGUGCCACGGACUGAGCCCCGCUCCCCGCCCAGCCAGAGCACCCCCGUUUGCUGGCUUUGCCCCCCGCCUUCUUCCGCAAAAUCUAGCACCUUCCCCAGGCGCGGGGAUUGCCCAGCCCCGCCCCGCCCCUCCCCGGCUUUGCCCAGUCUGGGGCAGCGGGCACCGCGGGCGCCGGCGCGCAGUUGCCAGGGCGUCCAUCGAUGACCUGAACAAAUGGGCCCCGUGUCUGAUGUCGCCGCUCGUGCUGGAGGCUGAGCACAUCGCCUUCGUCACUGAGAGCGUCUGGGUGCAGGGGGGCGGCCGGCAGCGGCAGGCGGCGGCGUCUCCGGAGACCGUGGUGAGGUGGUCGGACUGCUGCUUGCCCUUCGCAUGCAGACCCGGGGACCCGUUCCAGCUGAUCGCCAGAGCGAGUGUGGCCGACUUCAGCAAGCUGGGUGUGGCCUUCAUGGAAGAUAGGCUCCAGAUGGCCAACGGACUGGUGCCCCAGAAGAUUGUCUCGGUGCAUCUGCAGGAUUCGACUCUGAAGAAACUUAAGGAUCGGGCGUUCUGCCAGCCGCAGCCACAGCUCCCCGAGCCUCAGCUGGACGUGGACAUGGCCCAGCCCAGAGGCCAGCCUGGAGGCGGGCCCACUGAGCACUGCCACCUGCACCUCUCCAGCUGCCGCGAGUGCCUGCAGCUGGAGAAUAGCACCAUCGAGUCAGUGAAGUUCGCCUCCGCUGAGAACAUUCCAGACCUGCCCGAGGAGUCCAGCGGCGGGGGGCUGGGCCCGUGGGGGGCCGGUGGGCCGGAGGCAGAAGGAGGCCACCGGGCGAACGCGCACGGCAAGGCCCCCAACGUCCUGGUGUUCGUGGGCGCCGGCGCGCAGGACGCCCCCGACGGGUUCCGCCGGCUGAGCGCGGUCCUGGCCGACCUGCUGGACCCCGACUGCUACACGCUGUACCCGCUCUCGGGGGACAGCGCCCUGCGCGACCCCUGGGCCGACAACUGCCUGCUGCUGGUCCUGGCGGGGGGCGGCGCGCCCCUGCCCGCGCCGCUGCAGGCGCAGUUCCUGGCCUACCUGGCCCGCGGCGGGAAGCUGCUGGCACUGGCCUCGCCCUUCACCUGCGGCGGCGUCCAGCUGGCGCCCAGGCCCGCGCUGCAGGCCGCCGUCCGGAGCAUGGUGUUCUCCAGGGCCGACGGCAGCCACCUCACGCUCAGCGUGCUGGCCAGUGGCCACGUGUACCAGGAGGGGCCCGGGGAGCCGCCCGGCCUGGGCCCACUCGGGGGCCACCUGGAGGAGGGGCCGGAGGACAGGCUGAUCGUGCACGUGCCCGUCGGGACGCAGGGAGGAGAGGCCGUGCUCUGCCAGGUACACCUGGACCUGCCCCCCAGCUCCCCGCUGGUGCGGACGCCGGAGGACUUCGAUCUGCUCAAGUCCAGCAACAGCGGCAGGUACGACGUGCUCAGGGAGAUCCUGUGCGGCCUGGGGCUCAGCUGCGGCACGCACCGGCCCCCGGCCCUCACACCGCUCUAUCUCCUGACCGCGGCCGAGGAGCUCCGGGAGCCUGUCCGGCGGUGGCUGGAGGGACGCGUGGACGCCGAGGGCACCAUCAGGUCCAGGCAGCUCUCCCUGAAGUUCGUUUCCAGCUGCACCCCGGAGCUGGAGGUCACCCCGACCCUGCUCCCCGUGGUCACAGACGCCGGUGCCUUCUCGUCGGACGUCUUUGACUUGGACACGUACCGGCGGAACCUGAGCACGGAGCGCCUGGGCCGGACCAUCCUGUUCGCCGAGGUGACGACCACCACCAUGUGUCUGCUGGACGGGUUGAUGUUUGAGAUGCCACCGGAAAUGGGUUUGAUCGCCAUCGCGGGCCGCCAGACGCAGGGCAGAGGGCGCGGCAGGAACGCGUGGCUGAGCCCCGUGGGCUGCGCGCUGGCCACUGUGCUGGUCACCGUGCCCCUGAGGUCCCACCUGGGACAGAGGAUCCCCUUCGUGCAGCACCUGGCGUCGCUGGCUGUGGUGGAGGCCGUGAGGUCCAUUCCCGGCUACCAGGACAUCAACCUGCGAGUGAAGUGGCCCAACGAUAUCUACUACAGUGACCUCAUGAAGAUCGGGGGGGUGCUGGUCAACUCCACGCUGCUCGGGGACACCUUUCACAUCCUCAUCGGCUGUGGGUUCAACGUGGCCAACAGUAACCCCACCAUCUGCAUCAACGACCUGGUGGCCGAGCACGGCAAGCAGCAGGGCACGGAGCUGGAGGCCCUGCGGGCGGACUGCCUCCUCGCCCGGACCGUGAGCGUGCUGGAGCGGCUGAUCGCGGCCUUCCAGGACCAAGGCCCCAACGGCGUCCUGCCGCUCUACUACAAGUACUGGCUGCACAGCGCCCAGCAGGUCCGCCUGGGUGGCGCUGAGGGCCCCGUGGUGUCGGUGGUCGGCCUGGACGACUCGGGCUUCCUGCAGGUGCACCAGGAGGGCUCAGAGGUGGUGACGGUGCACCCAGACGGCAACUCCUUCGACAUGCUCCGAAACCUCAUCGUGCCCAAGCAGCACUAGGACCCCCGGGGGACGGGGACGCCGGCUCCCGCCCGGGUUAAUCUGUUACUUCUCUCCUGUGACUUCGCCCGUCCACUUCCUGGCGUGCAGGCUCCCUCGGGGGGCCUCGUGGGAAGCCUCACUGAGGGGCGGCCCCACGGCCAGCCCCUGGGUCGGGGAUGUGUGUGUUUAUUGCCCUCCCCGCCCCCCCCCCACCCUGUUUGUAUGUGGAACUGGUCACGGAAGGAUUUGGAUAUUUCCCCAGACUGUGCCCUUGGACUCAGGGAAAGGAAACCCAGUCAGGCAAACUUAGAGUCAGAGGCUGGGGGGUGCCGUUGGUGAGCACGCACGGGGAGGCCCCUCCCCCACUCCCCACUCGCUCUCUCCUUCUGGUUAACGGAGGAACGAGCUGGUCAACCUCUCUCAGGCUGAGCGGCCGCAGAGAUGCGCCUGGCGGGUCGCUGACACUGACCAUGUGGAGGAAACGGGUUAAUGGCUCUGACAUUUCUUUACGCCUUCCAUAGGCUUAGAUUUACUGCCUCUUCCGAAGCAGUGGAUCAGGGUCAGGCAUUGCUGGGGCGAGGUGUGUGUAUGUGUGUGCGGGGGGCCUGGGCUGGGGGCAGAGGGUUUGGCUCAGGCAGCUGGAGGCAAAGACCCCUCCUCAUACCACCUGCAAGGGAGGGAGGGUUGAGCCUUUUAAGGCGAUGUCAAGCGUGCUUUGAAAUAGCGGGUGGGGGGCAGCAUUUCUGGCAGUGCCUGUGGCUGGCAGAAAUCCGGUAUUUCAUUUGCCUGUUGAAAUUGUUCCUGAUUAGUGAAUACUGUGGCGGGGGUGGGGGGAGGUGUGAAGCUUGGAAGGCGUUCAGACUGGGUCCCCUCGUGAUGUCACGGAAGAACAAAAGAGAGACUGCCUUUUGGUGCCCUCCCCGGCCAGAUGUGCUCAGGGCUUUCCCCUGCCACGCCCGUCUCGAACUUGUGAAUCACAGACAUGACUUUGCAGCCUUCAGAGACCCCAUUUUGGUCCACUUUUCUCUCUUCCUGCUGAAGUGAAAGGGGUGGAGACGAAGACGGGGUUGCCCCCCUGUGAUGACUAAAGGCCCUUCCUGGGCCAUCAGCGCCAUCUUGGUCCAGCUGUUCCCCAUCCUCGCACUUCCCAGAAAUCUAGUGAUCGGGGCCAGAGUGGUAGGACAGCAGGCACGGCAUUUGCCUUGCGUGCAGCUGACCCCGGUUCAAUUUCCAACAUCCCAUACAGUCCCCCGAGCGCCACCAGGAGUGAUAUGUUCUUUUGUUUUUUGUUGUUGUUCGUUUGUUUGAUUUGGGGGCCACACCUGACAGUGCUCAGGGCUUACUCCUGGCUCUGUACUCCGGAGUCACUCCUGGUGGUGCUCAGGGCAGCAGAUGGGGGCCCAGGGAUGGAAGCUGGGGCGGCCGCGUGCAAGGAAAGCACUCGACCCGCUCGACGAUCGCUCUGGCCUGGCCAGGUUAGUAACCCCUGAGCACCUCCAGGUGCGGCUCCUCAAUCCAAAAUCAAACCAACAAGAAACCUCAUGGUUUCCAACCUAAGAACCCGCCAUCAGCCGGACACACGGUAGGAGAGAAGGCAAGGAGCCCACCUGUGGCCUGACGGCACCUAGAGCCAAUUAGUGGGGUUUAUUUUUAGAACUAGAACCCGAGAAGAACUGCAGAAGUCAUUUUUACAGACGCCUCAGAAUGAUUUUCCUUCCCCCUCCCCCCCACAGUAUCUCCCCCAAAUGCCCAGGUCUCCCUGCUUGGUGUUAGCGACAGAUGUAGAUAGAUGCCGGCACCACCCGUGCAUCGCAGCCCGCCUCGCCCCUGCAGGAGGACGCGGCCCUCGCUCUCACCGGCCCAGCCUGCUCCAGACGCCCUGAUGAAAACAUGCGGUUUUGCUGCGAGCCGAAGGCCCCGCUCUAGACAGCUUGGCGUUGGCGGGUGCGGGGGCAUGUUCUCAUGUCAUUUCCUUUCUGUAAAUUCAGACUAAUGAGGUGCGGCCCCGGCCCCCGGCCCCCAUGCUUGCGCCGUGCAGAGAGAGAUGCACCGUCCCUGAACCCGGUUCUGCCUCAGCACCAGACACUCAGAUCGGGCUCCCUGAGACCCGCCCGUGACUCAGUGGGCUCCAUUCUCCUCCACCACGGGUGCUCCCCACAGCCCCCCGGCUCCCAGGGACUUCCCGAGCCACAGCAGCCUUGCACCUGCUCUCCCCCUCCCCCAGGGCAGCUCGGCCCCAGGCGCCUCCGCUCUCAGGAUCCACGCAGCCGGCCUCCCGGCCUCCGGCCGUGCCUUGAGCUUCCCUUCUGGGCUGCUAUCAGGUUUCAGGGGGGCUCCUGCGGCUGUGCCCCCUAAAACCGUACCCAGCAAUACUCAGAGUUCCCCAGGGCCGCAGCCCGCCCUGCAUGGGGCUUCCUGGCAGCGGUCCCGGGAAGUCAGGACGGCGGCAUCCGUGUGGGAGCUAGCAGCCCAGAUGCGCGCUCUCGAGCGCGUGCACGCACACACACACACACACACACACACACACACACACACACACACACACACACACACCCCACACACAGAGUACACAGGCAACACACACCCUCAACACACUCACACAACAUCGAGGCCACAGACACAAGAACACAAAUGCCCCCUCCUUCAGCCCACACAGAGACCCGAACACACACCCCCCUCACCGGUGACACACAGACUCACAACAUCCACAGGGCACAGGCGGCUGGGGUCAGGCUGCCGCGCCCGCCCUUGCAGAGGACGAAAGGGUGACUUGGGCUUAUGUUUCAUGGGUCUGUUUGCUCUUAGCAGAAAAUGGAGAUUCCUUUUCCCCGGGUAAUUACUAUGCAUAUUUGAAAUAAAAGAAAGUGUGAGCCUUUGCAUUUAUAGCUUUUCAGAGGAUUGUCUCUGAAAAGUCAUUAAACCAAUGCCUAUAAAAAGCAGUCUACCAAA